AAAUACAGUAUUGCAUAUAUAACUCCUAAAUAAUUGAUCUAUGAAGUUAAACACAGUUUUCUUAUACUAGCAUAGUCAUAUGUUCAUACAACUUAACUAAACACAUAAGUUCACAAUUACCAAAAGAUCCAUAAGAAAUCAUUAAAUUAGAAAUUAUUGUCAACUGGAGUCACUGCUCGAGUGUUGGCGGAGAAUAAUAGAUGGCGCAUCUAAUACGUGUCUCUUUUAUACCUUUAGUCAUAGUUCCACAAUCCAUGUUAACUAAAACAUAAUUACGGACUAAAUAAAUAAAAUAAACUACGCAAUUAGUGUUUCUUAGUGAUAUAUGAGUGAGAGAGGCCCUCGAUGACGAUUCUAAUAAGUAAAGUGUACAUCACUUGUUAAAAAAUAAAAUUUCAACUGUUAAAGUCAAAUUUUUGUAACAAAAAGCAAUAGCAAAGCUAACUUUUUAUCCAUUUUAGAAAGCACCCUCACAAAACAAUUUUAAACAACUUAUUAUUACAAAACACUAAAAACAAUACUAAGUUCGUAAAUUUGGGGAAAAUUUCAGUAACUUUUCCAAAAGUAAUAAAAAAUUUCUUUAACCCACAUAAAAGAAAGCAAGAAUGUUCAUCUUUCUAAGCUCUUAUAUCUUUUGCUUUUGUCACAUUCUUCCUAAUGAUUUAUAUCUUUAUGCAAAGUAUGCAUUCUCAUGGCCAGGAGUAUGUAUUCUCGAUAGUUUGGAUAAAAAAACUCAUUUUUUUUUCCUUUUAAAGGCCGUAUAUGUAUAGUACAAUUCUACCUAAAAAUUCGAAUUAUCCGCAGGAGUUAAGAGGCUAAUUUGUGUAACAUUUUUAGAUCUAAAUUACUAGUCCGACUCAAGAAUCUUAUAAUUUUUGUAUAAAAGGAUAUAAACAUGAUCAAAUAGUACUAUACCUUCUUUUAUAAUAUGCAAAUCUAUUAUUUAAAAUCCCUAUUUAAAAACAACAUACUGAAAAUCCGUAGGACUGACACGAACUAUAUAAAAGAAGAUUCGAACUUCUAAUGCAUAUAUAAACCACUAUAUAUUAAAGGGUAAAAUGCUAAAGCGAAACAUAGUGAUUUCGCAACAGAAACAUUACAUUUUAUUAUCAUAUUACGUAAGAAAGAAUCAUGGCUUUUUUGUGAAUAUGUUUAGAAAUAUAUUUUUACCAAGGAACAUGUAUGUGAAACUACAUUACGGGACUUCAAUGGCAAUAAUUAAGAUAUAGAAAGCCAAAUAAGAUUUUUUGGCUUUCUUGUGAUUAGAGUUUGGAGGUGUGGAGUGGAGACUGACUAUCACUAGGCUUAACCCGCCGCUAAAUCUCUUUGAGAACUGGUCUCAACUCCUCUCAUGGAUUCGACUAUCAUCAACCCGAGCUCCCACAACUCUAAGAAGAAUAGCCACACACUCCACCCUAUAUCACAUUUGGAGGCAGCGUAACAACCUGCUACACAAUGCUGUUUCUUCGUCACCUCUUGCCCUGCAUAUAGGAUCAUCACCAAAGAAGUUAGGAACAUAAUCACUGCCAAGAGACAUAAAAAGCAAUUCCAUAAUUUAAUGGGUCUUUGGCUACUGUAAACUGAUCGUGUUUAGAGAUGUCAAAUGGGUUGUCCAUGUUCAAUGGGCAUUUUCAAAUGGGCAAAUCAAUUUAUUAGACUUUAUUUUUUUAGUCUAAAUUGUACAAAGUCCAAAUUGUCCAGAUUCAAAAUGGACUAUUCCAAAUGAGCUUUCCGCGGAGUCCAAUUAAAAAAUCAGUGUUAACAUACAAAAAUUCAUAUUUAAUAUUUCAUUAUGUUUUGUAGAAUACAAAAGCAUAUAUACGAUUUUGGCGGGAAAUCUCGAUUUACGGUUUUUGCUGGAAAUCUCAAUUUACGGUUUUGGAGGAAAAUCUCGAUUUUAUGGUUUUGGCGGAAAAUCUUGAUUUUACGGUUUUGGCGAGAAAACUAGAUUUUACGGUUUUAGCGGGAAAACUCGGUUUUGACGGGAAAACUAGAUUUUACGGUUUUAGCGGGAAAACUCGAUUUUACGAUUUUGACAGAAAACUAGAUUUACGGUUUUGGCGGGAAAAUCUCGAUUUACGUUUUGACGAGAAAACUCGAUUUACGGUUUUGGCGGAAAAACUUGAAAAUUUGAUUUUACGGUUUUUGCGGAAAAACUAGAUUUACGGUUUUGGCGGGAAAUCUCGAUUUUACGGUUUUGACGAAAAACACGGUUUUAAAGGUUUAACGUGAAAAUGUGAUUUUGGCGAGAAAACGUGAUUUGGAAAAAUAUAAUGUUACGAUUUUGGCGGAAAACAUGAUUUUUCCCCAAAUACAUUAACCCUAGAUAUUUUUAAAAUUUGGGCCGUCUAGUGUCCAUCUGGUUUUGUCCAUUUGAGUAUGGGUGUAUUUGGGCCUCGUCCAUUUAGACAAAACAAAAUUACGGUUAAAUAUGGGCAUGUCUAUAUUGAUUUGGAUAUGGAUUAUCCAUGGACAGCACGCCCAUUUGACAUCCCUAAUCGUGUUGAUCUAAUAUUUGCCUCAUCUUGUUUUUUUAUUCUUUUUGCCAAGGUGAUGCAGCUUUUUUAAUUUGCUUUUGUAAACCAAACAAUUUCAUUUAAAUGAUAUUUACAUGUUUUAGCAAAAAAAAAAAAAAAAAAAAGAUUUUUUGUGAAUAUGUCGAAUUGAUGAUUAAGGCUCUUAGGCCUUUUUAAAAUUCUUAUUUCUUCAGGCCCAUUUAUGAUCCAAACAUAAACAGCACUUCCAUCUCUCAUCUCCUCUCUCACAGCUUCACUCGUCAUCAGAAGCUUAGCUUCCCUUCUCUUCUUCCAAAUCGCAUUUCACUUCUUUUCACGAUACAGAUGCACUUUCAUACCAAAUUUGAUUUCUUUGGCAGAGAAUCAUACACGUAGAUGAAUCAAAGACCCUAUGUUUCUUCGGGUCAAGAGUUGCAUUCAAGCUGUUCGUUGAAAUUCCCAAGAGAGAAGUCGCUUCCAAAUGUUGGGUAAUGUACAUUACAUAACAAGGCAUCUAAACUCUGUAUUCAGGGGUUGCUUCUCCCGUUCAGUCAAUGCCCUGUUUCAUUCUUCUGUUGGUUCCCAAGAAGAAGCACUUCCUUAUGAAUGGUACAGAAACAAACUCUCAGUUCUGACAAAACUAACACGUGCGUUAAAAGACAUUGAUUUAGUCGAUGGGAAGCUAGAGGACAUCAACGGCGUAAUCGUCUAUGAUGACGCUAUCAAACAAAAGAUGUAAGCUUUCAAGUCUCUAGCUAGAAUCUUCGUUGGGUCUCCUUCACUUCAGCAGAAGCACAAGCAACAAGGAAGAGGGCGGUUACUUUUUGGUACUGAAAGCGAAAGAGAGCCGUUGGUGGUGAAUUCACUGACCAAAGUUUGCAACUUUCUUGACAUCUCUGCGCAGCAGAGGAAGCUGGUGAGGUGCACCGUGUGUUCGCAGGUGACUCAGCAUCGUAUCUGGAGAGGUGCUCUUGAAGAUGUACUGAAUAAUCUCAAGGAAGAAGUUGAUUGGUUACUUGAACAUAGCGAGGAGAAGAAGACACAAGGCGUGAAGUUAGGUCAGCAAGUGAUUUUGUCUUGCCUCAAGUUCUUAUCCGAGUCAUCGGUUUCUUACAAAGCCGAGAACUCGACUUCAUGGAUGCGGCCUGUGCCAGCUCGUUACGCAAAGGCGAAUGCUUCUGCGAAGUGGGAAGAUGUUCUCGACAUUGUGAAUGAUCUGAGAAGGUACCUCCUCGAGCAUGACUUUUACCAUCUGGAGAAGCUUUUGUCGAUGAAAGAAGGGCUUCUACAGAUCAAAGACGUGUUUCUGGACAACACUAUUGGAUUCAGGGAGGUUAGACAUCAAGAGCACCUCGUGCAUAGAAAGCUUUCGAAGAUGCUGGGAAGUCCUUCGCCGUGUUUGUUCACUCUCCUCGUGUAUUUCCUCUACGGCCGUGUGCGUGACAUAGAAGUUGAUCUCUGCGGAGGGUUCUACAAGGAGGAGAAGAGGGAGUUAUUUUGCUUGAGCAUGGGGAGGAUCUUGACCUCAGCGGAUGAGAAAAUGGUUCGGAGAGGGGUUAAGCAGUUAGAUAGAGCUUUAGGGAUGUUUGAGUUUGUGUGGGAGACAGCAGGAAUGAAAGAAGCUCUUAACUUGCAAGGACAUUUGUGGUGCCUUGGAGCUGAAGAAAAGACUAUCACAUACCGUGGGAAAACGUUCUAUCUGCAUGACCUUUGCCUAUGAAGUUUUGUGAGGUAAGAGUGCUUUUGAGAUGAACAAUGUAAACUUAAAUUGAAUACAAAGAGUUUUAUAUA